AUGGUUGCGAUAUCAGAGAUUAAGUCGACGAUGGAGACUACGGCGGCGAACUGUUUGAUGCUUUUAUCAAGAGUUGGCCAAGAAAACGUCGACGGUGGUGAUCAAAAACGCGUUUUCACAUGUAAGACGUGUUUGAAGGAGUUCCAUUCGUUUCAAGCGUUAGGAGGUCAUCGUGCGAGUCACAAGAAGCCUAACGGUGAGAAUCUGUCUGGAGGAUUGAUGAAGAAGGCUAAAACUGCGUCGUCGCAUCCUUGUCCGAUUUGCGGAGUGGAGUUUCCGAUGGGACAAGCUCUUGGAGGACACAUGAGGAGACACAGGAACGAGAGUGGCGCGUUGGUUACACGCGCGUUAUUGCCGGAGCCGACGGUGACGACGUUGAAGAAAUCGAGCAGUGGGAAGAGAGUGGCUUGUCUGGAUCUGAGUUUGGGGAUGGUGGAGAAUUUGAAUCUCAAGCUGGAGCUUGGAAGAACAGUUUAUUGA